AUGGAUAGUGCUUGGACAGGCUACAACUUUAAAGGGGUUGGAUCGCGUUUGGGGUUAAAAAAAUAUGCAGUAUCGUGCUUGAUAAUAGCAUAUGGGCUAAUAAAGGUUUCCACGUGGAUCUUUUGUCAAUGGGUGUAUUCCAAUUUAAAUCCGUUCUCCAAAAAAUCCUCACUGCUGAGAAGAGCGACUGCUUCCUGCGGGGAGAAGAAUAUCAAAGUUUUUGGGUUUUUCCAUCCGUAUUGUAAUGCUGGUGGUGGUGGGGAGAAAGUACUGUGGAAGGCUGUAGAUAUUACUUUGAGGAAAGAUCCCAAGAACGUUAUUGUCAUUUAUUCUGGUGAUUUUGUAGGUGGAGAGAAUGUUACUUCGGAGAAUAUUUUGAACGAUGUGAAGGUGAAGUUCGACUAUGAUUUGGAUUCAGACAGAAUAUUCUUCAUUUCUUUGAGAUUAAGGUACUUGGUGGAUUCUUCGACGUGGAAGCAUUUCACCUUGAUUGGGCAAGCCAUUGGAUCGAUGCUACUGGCUUUCGAAUCUAUUAUACAAUGUCCACCUGAUAUAUGGAUUGAUUCAAUGGGAUAUCCUUUCAGCUAUCCUAUCGUGGCUAAGUUUUUGAGGAGAAUUCCCAUUGUCACAUAUACACAUUAUCCAAUAAUGUCAAAGGACAUGCUAAAUAAACUGUUUAAAAUGCCCAAAAAGAGUAUAAACGUCUAUGGUAAAAUAUUGUACUGGAAAAUCUUUAUGUUAAUUUAUCAAUCCAUUGGCUCCAAAAUUGAUAUUGUUAUAACCAACUCAACAUGGACCAAUAACCAUAUAAAGAAAAUCUGGCAAUCUAGUACAUGUAAAAUCAUAUAUCCCCCAUGUUCUACUGAAAAGUUAGUCGAUUGGAAGCAAAAAUUUGGCCGUUCUUCGGGGGAGAGGUUAGGUCAAGCAAUUGUGUUGGCACAAUAUCGUCCUGAGAAACGUCAUAAGUUAAUCAUUGAGUCCUACGCAACCUUUUUGAAAAAACUACCGGAUUCUGUACCCCCAAUUAAGUUGAUAAUGGUGGGGUCCACUAGAUCUAAGCAAGAUGAAGAUUACGUUAAAAGUUUACAAGAUUGGGCUGAGAAUGAUUUGAAAAUUCCUAAAGCUUUGAUAUCAUUUGAGAAGAAUUUAUCUUUUGAUAAGAUAGAAAUAUUACUAAAUAAAUCUACAUUCGGUAUCAAUGCCAUGUGGAAUGAGCACUUUGGAAUUGCGAUUGUAGAAUAUAUGGCUUCUGGUUUGAUCCCCAUAGUUCAUGCCUCGGCCGGUCCAUUGUUGGAUAUAGUCAUUCCAUGGAGCUCUGACGGAAAUACUAAAAAAGUUGUGCCGCAAUGGGAGCUACAAAAGGACUACUUUGCUACUUAUAAAGAUGACGGUAAAACCACUGGUUUUUUCUUCAAGGAACGGAGUGAUCCUGAUUAUGAUACAGCCAAGGAUCCCUCAAGAUACUCUAAUUUGGCUGAACUAUUCCUACAAGUAACGAGAUUAGACAAUGACUGCCUUAAAGUGAUAAGUUCAAGAAAUCAACGGUAUUCGUUGUAUAAAUUUUCAGAUUUGAAGUUUGAUAAAGAUUGGGAAGAUUUUGUGCUGAAUCCUAUCGGUAAACUAUUAGAAGAAGAAGAAAGAGGCUGA